CGGACUUUGAGCAGCUCCGAAAAGCUGUCUUACAUAGCAGCAAUAAAGUGCCUGCAAACCAAGCCUGCGUUGACUUCAAGGGACUUUUCUGGAGUAAGGAGUCGAUAUGAUGACUUCCUCGCUACUCACAUCAACAACACUGAUUUCAUCCACUUCGUUAUGAGUAAUACGCCCUCGCCCCCACAAGCUUGUGCCUUAACAAAGGUGUAUCUUUCUUUACUAACACAAAACACAGGUAUUGGGGUAGGUAGCGCUUUCAUCAGACAUUGGACUCGGGACGCCACUGAAGCUUCGUUUGCAAAAGCACCGGUUUUUGACGCUACUUACGGCUUUGGAGGGAACGGACCAUUCAUCGAUUCGUCCAACGAUCCGAACGUCUUGCAUAUUCCCGGGAAGACAGGCGGAGGAUGUGUACUAGAUGGCCCGUUUGUCCAUUGGACUGUAAACAUGGGUCCCGGAUUCAGCACAGCAUACAACCCUCGCUGUAUGACUCGUGACUUGAGUUCAUACUUCGCUUCUCAGACGCUAAACUCCACGGUCGUGGCAAAGACGAUUGCUGGCAAGACUUUCCAAGCGUUUGACAUCCAAGUCCAAGGUACGACGACUGUGGAAGGGAUGAGGUACCAUGGUGGAGGUCAUCUAAGUGUCGGAGGAGAUUUGGGUAUCGGGCUAAUUGACACUGACAAAUGCUCAGAUCCACUAUUUUACCUACAUCACGCGAAUCUCGACAGGCUCUGGGUCAAAUGGGAGGCUGCCAUCCCGUAUCGUCUAUACGACAUCUCCGGACCUGAUACUCAAUUCGCCUAUCCCUUCAACUUCUUCGGUGACGUAGCAUAUAAGAAUGUUACACUAGACUUUCCAAUGUUCUUUGGUAAGCUAGGACCAGAAAAGCCAUUUGUUCCUAUCAGGAACGUCAUGGAUAUCAGUGCGAUGUGUUACAAGUAUGUGUAA